GGGUUUUUGCUUCAAAUUGGCCGAACACUCUCUGAUUAUGUGGGAAUUUACAGAUCUCUCUCAGUAUUAUUACUCUCUUUUGUUCUCCUCCUGCUAAAUGGCCGAAGGCUGGGAUCUCUCCGCCGUCGUCCGAGGUUGCAGAUCCUCCUCCCCUUCCUCCGCCACUGCCGCCGCCAGCACCACUACUUCCAUUACGACACCGUCGUCUUCUUCAUCCAAGGACCUUUCUUUACCAUUAAUCAAGGAAGAAAAUGACAUCUUCUCUUUCCCCAGUUUGACACAACCCAGAACCAGUGGGUUCCAAGAACUACACCAAUUGUUCAGACCCUUUAUCCCCACCACCACCAAAACCACCACUAUCUCUACUAGUGGUUGUGGCAUAUAUCCCAAUUCCUCUUUUACUGAUUUUGCAGGCGAAGGGUCCAGUAGUUGUACCAAUAAUAAUAAUAUAGAUACUGCAUCAUCAUCAUCAUCAUCACUUGUUGCUUCUGGUUCUUAUGCUUCUCAUAUUAGGCCUCAUUUUAUGCCUCAAGCCUCGCCCGCCUCCACUUCUUCUUCUUCUGGCUUUCAAAGAUUCCAUGACCAACAUGUACAGCAACUCCAACAACAAACUCAAAUUCAAAAUCAACUACAAUUAGUUCAUCAGAAACAGCAAUUUCAAACACCACCAAAUCAGAUCAGCGGUGGUAACAGUAAUAAUUCUGGUAUGACUUUACCAAAUACGCAAGCUGCUCAAGCAAUCAGAUCGAGAAAAAGAAAGAGUCAACAGAAAAGAAUGGUUUGCCAUGUAACAGCUGAAAACCUCACCGCAGAUUCGUGGGCCUGGAGAAAAUACGGCCAAAAGCCUAUUAAAGGCUCCCCGUACCCACGGAACUACUAUAGAUGUAGCAGUUCAAAAGGUUGUGGGGCCCGGAAGCAAGUAGAACGGAGCAACACUGAACCAGAUAUGUUCAUCGUCGCGUACACCGGAGAACACACGCAUCCGAGACCCACCCAUCGGAACUCGCUCGCCGGAAGUACUAGGAACAAACCGUCAACGACGACCCGUCAACCCGCCUCUCAUGAAUCUGGAUCACCAAGCACGAUCGCAAACCGGGCAUCGUCAUCUUCACAGCUUUCGCCGACGACGCCUUUAAUGGCGGUGGCUACGAAAGACGAGUGCGCCGAUGAACCCAUGUUAAGCAAUGAAGCCACUAGCCCUUUUCCAGAAGAUGAGUUUGACUUGGCCUCUCAUGAUGACAUUUUGAUUCCGAACAUGGCGGCCAUGAUGGAUAAGUUCUUGCUGGGUGCUGGUGAGCUUCACAGCGCAAUCGGACUUAGUGGCGGUGGGGGUACUAGCACAAGCGGCAAUUCGGUGGAUGGGUCGCACCAAAAUGUUGAACCCGGCUUGGCUCCGAAUCUACAACAGCAGUUCUCCCCUCUCAGCCGGUCUAGCCCUGGUUGAGCCAACCCGGUUCGGUGUUCGCCCUCACUGUUUCCGUGCACCAUGGGAAACGACAUCGUCUCAGUUACUUUCUAAUUGGUUAGGUUAGAAUCAACUGACAUAUAAAUUUUUUUAUAUUUUGAUUAUCAGAUUUUUAAAAAGGGUUAUAUCAUCGAUAAAAUCUGAUAAGAAAAAUAUAAAAAAUUAGUUUUAUAUUGUAAGAGGAAAAGAUUCUUACCAGAGAUUUUGUACUAGACCUUUAGUUUUAGAUGCCCAACAAACAGACCUUUAGUUUUAGUAUUUACCGCUUCGUUAACGAAAGGUGAGUUUUGUAGUUGAUUCUUGUCGUUUUAAGUGUUUCUUAUUUGGGGCCAGGCUUGUCGUUUAUUGAGUUUCCCUGUUGCCUCUUUGAAAUCUUCUCAUUAUUGUCACGUGUGAUGAUG